AGGAAAACUGUCUGAGAAAGAACGAAACACAUUCGAAACGGGUGGAAGGAAGCGAUAUCGGUGCGAGGACUGCGCGUUGUUCUCGUUCUCAAGCUCGUAUUUCUUUAUACUUUGCGACGCAGAAAAGGAAGGACUGUCGUAUUGCCAAUAACGAAUUCUCACACGUAAUUCUCUCGCGGCUGUGGUGCGUUGUUUUUUCCCUUUGGAACAGCGUUUUUCAAGGAAACACUACGCGAAUCCGCGUGUAACCUUCGAUCACACACGCUCAAAAUUCUUCACCUACGAUGGCCGAAAGCAUCCCAUUGAAGGUGCUGUUUGAUGCGCUGCACCUGCCUGUUUCAAUAGAGGUCGCCACGGGUGAGGUGUACCAUGGCACGCUAGAAGAUCUCCAAAACAACAUGAAUGUGCUUCUCAAGGACGCCACCAAAACCGUGCGCAACGGCACGGAGACGAAAAUGGAGUCCGUCUUUGUGCGCGGCUCGAACGUGGUUUUUUUCCAGCUGCCCGACGCGUUGCAGACGAGUCCGGCGUUGCUGCGUGCGGGCGAGGUCGUGUCCAAGGCGAAGGACACGCGCGGCGAAGGGAAAGGCUUUGGUGCUGCUCGCAAGCGUCAGCGGUCGUAA